UUCCCAUAAGUCAUGUCAGCCAGCUCCUCCCCUCUUUGGCAGUCUGCCAGCAUCAAACAAAGUUAAGAGCCAAGCUGCAGAGGCUAAGCUGCGAGGCAAUGUUGAAGACCAUGGAGGAUAAGGAAGGCAAACAAAGCACUUAGUUAAAGUCGCUGAGGUUAUUCAGAGCAGACCCCGAGAGAGGUAGCAGUCAGGACUAGUUUCUGUCGAUACGUGCUUUCAGCACUGGGCCUUCUGCACACAGAGUUGUUUUUGUGGUGGUUUAUAGCCGUUUUUGUUUUUCAAUUUCCUUUCUGUGAAAUCGGGGUGUGGUGGUGCAGCGAUGUUAUACGGAAGUAACAUUUGAACCGCAUUGUUCUAAAAGAUCCUUCAGUGCAUGAAGUCGGCAGGAAAGAUCUAUCAGAUGAAAUGGCGGUGAGGCAGAGGCCUUUCAAUUCAACCGCUCCAUUCUCCGGUUCCCCCAAAGGCGAGCUGAAGGGGUCCUAUCCGCCCAGCUCCAGCAAGGAGCAGGAGGCGGAAGAAGAGGAAGAUGAGGGGAAGGAAAGCAAAGUGGGUUACAUGCAGGAGGAAGGAUGGAUUAAGAAAAACCCUUAUUUCAAUAAACUCCUGACACGUGGAACGGCAGAGCAAGUGGGAGAAAUGCCCAUUAAGAGCUCAACUAUCAUCGCCCAGGCUGAAUGUGAAACCCAGGAUUCCCAGGAAUUCAGCCCCUCUUGUUCUAAAAGAUUUGUCGCCUUCCCGAAUUGUUUCACCAGCCCUUCUUCAGACCACAACCAUGUGGCAUGCCCCAUUUCAGCCUCCAUCCAGGAGGCACAUAACCCGCUGGAGAAGAAGAGCCAGAGGAGGACAAAGAGCAAAGGGAAGAGAAAAAAGCCAGGGAAGGGAAAGGAGAAACAGCGGCGGCGACAUCGAAUUCCCUCAGGCGUCCCUGAACAAGAGAGCGGCCUUAUCCAGGAGGAAUUCUCUGUCAGUGAAUUAAGCGACUUCAGUUCAUCCCGCUGUAGCAGCGUUGAAAGCUUGGUGGAGCAGGAGUACGGCCACCCUCUCACGGACAGACAGAACUACCCCACCGGCUCAAGUUGCUCUCCUCUGAACUGGGCCCCGGUCUUUGCCUACCGCCCCAGCUUCCAGCCAUGCGAGCAGCACAUCAGCUCCGAUUCCCUCAGCAGUCUGGGAGAUUGCUCCCUGGCCCUUGCAGGACUAAGAGGCGUCGUCAGCCAGGCUGAUCCUUGUUACGUGUGGCCAUUUUUCAGUGAGGUGGAAAACGAGGCUAGAGAGAACGAGGAAGAGCUUUCAACAGCUGAUUUAAAAUGCAACGAAGGAAUUAUCUUUUACAAUGAAAAAAUUCAACCCGUGGACUCUGAAUAUAAAGAAGGGAGUGAAUACACCCUGUCCCGUUUUAUCAAGGACGGCUCCUUUGGCGAGGUUCACAGCGCUCAGGAUGUCAAUACGGGAUUCAGAUUUGCAGCCAAAAAGAUUGCCCUGAAGAGAUUCAGGAGUGAGGAGGUGGGUACGUGGAGUACCGUCAGAUCUCCUUAUAUCACUGAGCUCUUUGGAGUGAUCAGAGAGGGACCAAACGUUGUCCUUUUAAUGGAAGAAAAAUCAGGCUCCCUGGGCCAGCUGAUAAUGGAGCGAGGCAGACUGCCAGAGGAUUUGAGUCUUCACUACCACUCUCAGGUUUUGGCCGCCCUGGAAUACCUCAAAAAGAAGAAAGUAGCACAUUUAGAUAUUAAAGCUGACAACGUGUUGCUGUCAGAAGAUGGGAAAGACGCCUUCCUGUGUGACUUUGGACAUGCAGAGAAGCUUGACCACCAGGGCCUGGGCCUCAGCGGUUCCAGAGAUCUGAAGGGCACAGAGACUCAUAUGGCCCCUGAGAUUGUAAAAGGAGAACCACGUGGAGCCAAAGCAGAUGUGUGGAGCAGCUGCUGCAUGUUGCUCCACAUGCUGAACGGGUGUCAGCCGUGGACCAGAUACUACACCUGUAGACUCUACCUGAAGAUUGCAAAUGAGCCUCCGCCAGUCAGAGAGAUCCCGCAGGACUGCAGCCCUCUCACAGCUGAAGUUUUGAAGGCUGGACUCCAGAAGGAUCCAGUCAAGAGAUUAUCUGCAUCUCAGCUCAGGGAAAAAACCAACAGAGCUCUGAAAGAAGUUGGAGGAUUAACCAGCGCAGUCCGAGGACCCUACACAGAUCCUCUGUAUGUUCCUAACAAACCGCCUGACAACCCGCAGCCCAUUAUGAGCUUAAGUGACUUUGAAGACCUACAGGAACACAAGAUGUCUGUCGACAGAGAAAUGACAGGAACAAAAAACAAAGUCGUGGAGAAGGACAUGGAGAUCAGCCCCAAUGAGCCAAAGAGGGAGUCAUGGAACGCCCCUCAAAUGCUGAUACCUGAGCCAAACUUCAAGAGGAACAAGAUCCCCGCUGUGCCUGAGCCUGAGCUGGAGCUGCGCAAACUGGAGCGAGACUUCUACCUGAGCAGUCUGUCUCAGCUUCCCUCUGCUGAGAUGCAGGAGCAGCUCCUGUCUUGUAUUAAUAGUGACCAUUACAGCAACUGGGAACUAUGGGAUAAAAAGGAUUCUGGUCGCUGGUCUCUGAGCCCUGGAGAUGAUUACAGCUCCGGCUUCUUCUCCUAUAACAGCCAACCAGAUGUUCAGGUCUUCAGUUUGGAUUUGCUUGGUCAAACACCACCCUGCUGUUUUGAAGGAGUUGAUGUCAGCAUCAGAGACUUCAGCGGGAGAAGAAUUCAGAUCAGAGAAAAACGUCGGGUGAAAGUUGGACAUAUUGCCACAGGCAUCAGUGAUCAGAUUUCAGAGCGGGUGUUCACUCUGGAGACUCAGAGCGGACAGCAGGUCGGUCACGAUGAGGAGGUGCUGGAAUGUGGUCUGGAGCUCCGCUGUGUUCCUGCUCCUGACUUCAGCUCCGCAUGGAGGUGGAGGAUCAAGGAUGGAGUGCUGGAGGCGCAGAAAAAGACUCGCCAUCCCCACCUACCAUUGGCUGAAAUACCACUGAUGCACUCAGUUCUGAAGUGACUUUAAAUUCACCCGCCAUUUCUGUUUUAAACUCUGCUUUUAAACUGAUAACUUUGACACGUCUUAAUAGCUGAAUGAUUAUGUUUAACCUUGUGUCGUGGUGUUUACAUUUCAUUUUGAUGCAAUAAACAUGGUCAAGC